GGCUAAACACGGUUACCAUGCAGCCGUUAAUUGUAGCCGGAAAUUAUUUUGUUUGUUUUGUUGAAAAUAGUAAACGGUCGCUUCCUUUUUUAUUUUUCUGUCCACCAUGAAGACAGUUAUGAUGCGAAGAGGGAGCGGGGAGUUGGUGAACAGAGUGGAUCAGAGACGCUUUGAGGACUAGAGAGCUUCUCACACAGCUGUCCGGAGGAGAGUCACGGAGCCUGGAAACAUAUGAUCUGAGAAGGUGUGUCGUGUCCUCCUGUCUGCUGGUAUCAGGAUGCAGUUCUCAGUCAGACUGAGUCUCUGCCUGCUGGGCUUUGUUUUCGUCUCUCUGUUCCCUCAGCCAGCGCGGGGCCAAGUUUCAUCGCCGCGAAGAUUUCGUGCCAAAGUCCUGAGCCCCACCAAACUGCAAGUGUUGUGGAAAGAGCCAAAGGGAGAGUUUGAAAGCUACAAAGUCAUUUACACCACACGACCAGGUGGACAGCAGAAGGUGGUUCAGGUAUCGAAGCAGGAAGCAAAACUCCUCAUUGAGGACUUUGACCCGUCUAAAGGAUACGAAUUUAAGAUCAUUGCAGUCAAUAAAGGACGGGAGAGCAAACCUCUUCAGGCCAAACACGAAGCUCAACCAUCAGCUGUUGAGACGGUUCAGUCCCAGAGGAGGGAAGACAGCGGUGUCACCAAGGAGAACAACGAGAUCUCGGAAGCUGAUGAGGGGUUUAUGUGUAAGUCUCCAGCCAUAGCCGACAUCGUGAUUCUGGUGGACGGCUCCUGGAGUAUCGGUCGCAUCAACUUCAGGCUGGUCAGGACGUUCCUGGAAAACCUGGUCAGGGCCUUUUCUGUGGAGUUCGACAAGACCAGGAUUGGCCUGGCUCAGUACAGCGGAGACCCCAGGAUUGAGUGGCAUCUUAACACACACACCACCAAAGAGGCUGUGAUUGAUGCUGUGAAGAACCUGCCGUAUAAAGGAGGAAACACACUGACAGGUUUGGCUCUGACCUUCAUCCUGGAGAACAGCUUCAAACCAGAGUCUGGAUCCAGACCUGGCGUUCCCAAGAUAGGAAUCCUCAUCACUGAUGGGAAGUCCCAGGAUGAUGUGAUACCCCCUGCACAGAGCCUGAGGGAAGCUGGGAUUGAACUGUUCGCCAUUGGUGUGAAAAACGCUGAUGAGAAUGAGCUGAAGGCCAUCGCCUCUCCUCCUGAGGAAACUCACGUCUACAACGUGGCAGACUUUGGUGUGAUGAGCGACAUUGUUGAAGGUCUCACCUCGACCGUGUGCGACCGAGUGGAGCAGCUCGACAAGCAGAUCAAAGGGGGAGAACCUGCCCCCCCGCCCGCCUCUGUAGCUCCCCCCCGGGACCUGGUGACGUCCGAGAUCACAGCUCGCAGUUUUCGGGUGAGAUGGACCCACGCACCGGGUCAGGUGGAGAAGUACAGAGUGGUGUACUACCCCGCCAGUGGAGGACAGCCAGAAGAGAAGGUGGUUCAGGGCACGGAGAACAGCGUGGAGCUGAACUACCUGAACUCUCUGACAGAGUACCAGGUGGCUGUUUUCGCCGUCUACCGCAGCUCUGCCAGUGAGGCCCUGAGAGGAAGUGCUACCACAUUGGCCCUGCCCAUGGUGAACGACCUGGAGCUGUUUGAUAUCACUCACAGCACCAUGAGGGUCCGCUGGAAGACCGCUGCUGGGGCUUCUGGGUACAUGAUCCUUUACGCCCCGCUGACCGAGGGGGACGCCGCAGACGAGAAGGAGGUGAAGGUGGCAGACUCGGUGAAUGAGGUGGAGCUCGAAGGAUUGACUCCGGCCACUGAGUACACAGUGACAGUUUACGCCAUGUAUGGAGAGGAGGCCAGCGACCCCAUGACCAGCCAGCAGACCACAUUGCCGCUGACCCCGGCGAGGAACCUGCGUUUCUCAGACGUGGAGCACAGCUCCGCCCAGCUGACAUGGGACUCUGCUUCCAGGAAGGUCAAAGGUUACCGCGUCAUGUACGUCAAGACCAACGGAGUCCAGACCAAUGAGGUGGAUGUUGGCCGUGUGACCACAUGGUUGCUGAGGAACCUGACCUCUCUGACGGAGUACACAGUUGGUGUUUUUGCCAUCUACGACGAGGGGCAAGCUGAGGCUGUGACUGACAGUUUCACUACAAAGACUGUCCCAGACCCACUGGAUCUGAGGAGCAGUGACGUCUCUACAGACAGCUUCAGGGUGUCAUGGCAACACGCGGCCUCAGAUGUGGUGCUGUACCGACUCACCUGGACGCCCACCGAUGGAGGAGACAGCGAGGAGGCUCUGGUGGAUGGAAAUAUUAAGACCUACAUGAUCAAAGGACUCAGUCCUGCCACAGAGUACGAGGUCCUCCUGGCUGCCAUCUAUGCAAAUGAGGUUGAGAGUGAUGAGGUGAUCCUCGUAGAGUCCACAGUUAAAAGAACAACCACCAUCGCUACGACAACCACCACCACAGCAGCUCCUCGUUACGGGGUGAGGAACCUGAAGAUUGAUGAGGAAACCACCUUCAGUAUGCGCGUGUCCUGGCAGCCUGUCGACGCCAGAAACAUCCGACAUUAUCGACUGAACUACAUCAGCGCCAAGGGAGACCGAGCGGAGGAGACGAGGACGGUGCCCACCGGACAGAACAGCCUGGUCCUGCAGCCUCUGCUGUCAGAUACAGAGUACAAAGUUGCCAUCACUCCUGUUUACCCAGAUGGAGACGGGCCGACGGCGACACGAAUGGGACGAACGCUUCCUCUCUCAGCUCCUAAGAACCUGAGAGUAUCGGAGGAGUGGUACAACCGCUUCAGGAUCAGCUGGGACGUCCCACCUUCACCCACCAUGGGCUACAGAGUCGUCUACCAGCCUGUAUCUGCCCCUGGAGCAGCUCUGGAGACUUUUGUGGGGGAGGACGUGAACACCAUGCUGAUAGUCAACCUGCUGAGUGGGACUGAGUACAGUGUCAAGGUCAUUGCCUCCUACACCACUGGGUCCAGUGAUGCCCUCUCAGGGAGGGCCAAGACCUUGUACCUGGGGGUGACUAACCUGAGCACAUAUCAGGUGAGGAUGACCGGUCUGUGCGCCCAGUGGCAGCCUCACCGACACGCCAGCGCCUACAGAGUGCACAUCGAGUCCCUGCUCAAUGGUCAGAAGCAGGAGACGAAGCUGAGCGGAGGAACCAGCAGACACUGUUUCAACAACCUGAAGCCCAACACACAGUAUAAGAUCAGUGUGUACGCUCAGCUGCAGGACGGCACUGAAGGACCUGCAGUCACUGCUGUUGAAAAGACACUACCCGUCCCGACCCCGGCGCCGACCAAACCCCCCACCACCACCCCGCUACCCACAAUCCCCCCGGCCAAAGAAGUCUGUAAGGCGGCCAAAGCUGACCUGGUCUUCCUGGUUGAUGGUUCCUGGAGCAUCGGUGAUGACAACUUCCUGAAGAUCAUCCGCUUCCUGUACAGCACCACCGGAGCUCUGGACAGGAUCGGCCCGGAUGGCACGCAGGUGGCUAUGGUCCAGUUCAGUGACGACGCCCGGACCGAGUUUAAGCUGAACUCAUACGGCGACAAGGAGCGACUGCUGGAGGCCAUCAACAGGAUCUCUUACAAGGGAGGAAACACCAAGACGGGUCGAGCCAUCCAGCAUGUGAAGGAAAAAAUCUUCACGGCGGAGGGAGGAGUCAGGAGAGGAAUCCCCAACGUCCUCGUGGUCCUCACAGACGGUCGAUCCCAGGACGAUGUCAACAAAGUUUCCAAGGAGAUGCAGAUGGAAGGUUACAUUGUGUUUGCUAUCGGCUUUGCUGACGCUGACUACGGCGAGCUGGUGAGCAUCGCCAGCAAACCCAGCGACAGACACGUCUUCUUCGUGGACGACCUGGACGCCUUCAAGAAGAUCGAAGAGAAGCUGGUGACCUUUGUGUGUGAAGCUGCCACUGCCACUUGUCCAUCGAUUCCAAUGAGCGGCAGCACAACACCAGGUUUCCGGAUGAUGGAGCUGUUUGGGCUGGUGGAGAAUCGGUACAGUAGCGUCUCUGGCGUUUCCAUGGUACCUGGCACCUUCAACACCUUCCCCUGCUUCCACUUGCACAGUGACGCACUGCUGGCACAGCCAACCAGGUUCAUCCAUCCUGAGGGCCUUCCCUCUGACUACACCAUCACCCUGCUGUUCAGACUGCUGCCCAACACGCCUGAGGAGCCCUUUGCCCUCUGGGAGAUCCUCAACAAGAACAACGAGCCGCUGGUUGGAGUCAUCCUGGACAACGGAGGAAAGACUCUGACGUUCUUCAACAACGACUACAAAGGAGAGUUUCAGACGGUGACCUUUGAGGGUCCAGAGAUCCAAAAGCUCUUCUACGGCAGCUUCCACAAGCUUCACCUCGCGAUCAGCAAGACAAGCGCCAAAGUUGUGAUUGACUGCAAAAUGGUGGCAGAGAAAUCGAUCAACGCAGCGGGAAACAUCACCACAGAUGGACUGGAAGUUCUGGGCCGGAUGGUUCGCUCCCGGGGCAACAAGGACAACUCUGCACCGUUCCAGCUGCAGAUCUUUGACAUCGUCUGCAGCACUUCCUGGGCCAACAGAGACAAGUGCUGCGAACUGCCUGGUCUGAGGAAGGAGGUAGACUGCCCGGCCUUACCCAAAGCCUGCACCUGUACCCAGGACAGCAAAGGCCCCCCCGGCCCUGCCGGAUCACCAGGAGGCCCAGGAAUCAGAGGAGCCAGAGGUGAUCGUGGAGAGCCAGGCCCUGUGGGGCCAGCUGGUCCAGUAGGUGAUACAGGUGUACCAGGACCUCAGGGACCCCCAGGACCACAAGGACCCAGUGGACGCUCCAUCAUUGGACCCCCAGGUGCACCAGGAGAGAAAGGACAGAAAGGUGACGCUGGACAACAAGGAUCACAGGGAGUUCCUGGUCGAGCUGGAGGUCCAGGCAGAGAGGGACCUGCAGGAUCCAGAGGGCUGCCAGGAAAAGACGGCCCCCCGGGCAGACAGGGCCCCCCAGGAACAAUCGGGACUCCAGGAGCCCCAGGGGCCCCAGGAAAUACAGGUCCUCCAGGAAAACAAGGAGAACUGGGCCCACCGGGUCCUCCUGGAAGCAAGGGGGAGAAAGGUGAACGGGGUGACCUCCAGUCGACAGCAUCGGUUCAGGCCAUCGCCAGGCAGGUCUGUGAGCAGCUGAUCCAAAGCCACAUGGCUCGCUACAACUCCAUCCUGAACCACGUACCCAGUCCACCGGUGUCCGUCCGCACUGUGCCUGGACCCCCCGGAGAGCCCGGCCGGCAGGGAGCCCCAGGGCCCCAGGGAGAACAGGGACCCCCAGGAAGACCUGGCUUCCCGGGACAGAACGGACAGAACGGCCAACCUGGAGAAAGAGGUCAACCAGGAGAGAAGGGUGAGAAGGGAUCUCCAGGGGUCGGGGUCCAAGGCCCCAGAGGACCUCCAGGACCCCCUGGUGCCCAAGGUCAGGGCAGACCCGGCAGCCAGGGUCCAUCAGGGCGACCCGGGAAUCCUGGAUCUCCCGGUCGGCCUGGGGUCCCCGGACCCAUCGGCCCCGCGGGGCCUCCAGGAUACUGCGACCCGAACUCCUGUGUGGGCUACAACGUCGGAGAGGGUGAGGAUGUCACUGACGGCGGCGCUAUCCCCGCAGUCCAACUGCCGCCCAACGUCUUCCAGAACUACGGCGAGGCCGAGGAGGACGACCCCUACCGCUACUACCAGCCCAACUACCCGGCCCCACGGCCCGUGGCGCCCGACGACCCCGCCCUCGCCCUGGACGACUUCGAGCUGAGGUCCCCCGGCGUCCACCGCAGCGUGCGGAGCCUGGGAGGGGAGGAGGAGGAGGAGGAGGAGGAGAGAGUCGGGCAGAAGAGGAGACUAAAGAGAGAAGUGAAGACGCCACCUGGACUAUCUAACUGAGAGGAGGUGAUUGGAGGAGGGAGGACCGCUCGCUGUCUCUGAUUGGACGGUUCGGAGCCGUUAACGGACUAAUCAACAAGUGCCUGAUGUAGAGGAUUUCUUAUGGACAUCGUAGAGGGGGCGGGGUGGGGGUGUCAGGUUGGGACUAUUUUAACUCAUCUAUGCUAUUUGAAUUAAAGAAACAGUUUGUGUUGUUUUACUUUGUUUUCGUCUCAGCAGAGACGAAGGUUUAAAACUGGAUCGAGCUUAUUGGAGUUUAUACUUCACCGUUUUCACAGCUCAUCUCUCUGUUGGUUUCUGCCGUCAAAACACGUCGCCAUCAGUUUUCAAGUUUGUUACUUACCUGGUUGGUUAAGUGCCUCCUAAACGUCUUGGUGGAAUACAACACUCCAGCUUAUCUAACAUUAAUACUCAGAGACAGAUGUUUUCAUUUCAGCCCCUCAGUUUUAUGACUGCCGACGUUUGAACACAUCGGUUGGUGUGUGUUUAACCGCUCUGCCUCCAGGUGUGUGUCUGCAGCUGCAGACCAGCUGUGAGCGUGACGUGAUGGAGUCGUGUCUGCAGAGCAAAGGACAAGGUUCAGACGUUCACAUACAAAGUGAUGAGAUUAUAUUAUAUAUAUUAGUUACAGUUAGAGCUGUCAUCCACAGGAAGUUAUGUAUUCUGACUUCAAGCAGAAGAAAGAUUCUUUUUAAUCCAGUAGCUUCACAUAUCCUCUCCCUGAUAAGUACUGAUCUGAUAGAUAACGACCAAAUUCAGAUUUCAUUUACAACCUCACACACACUGAUAAUCUGAGUAAACUAAAUCACACACGUCACAUUCAAUGCUUCACAUUAAACAGCUGCAGAAUAACGUACAAAAUAAAAGCUGAUCCUGGAAAACCUGCUGAUAUUUGACAGAGCAGAACAACAGGAAGCACAUCUGAUUUUUGUUUCUCCCGAUUUCUGCCACCAGGUAGUUUCUAGCUUCAGAAAUAAAAUAAAAAAAAACAGUUAUUUAUGUAAAGUUUUGCAUGUUUUUAUUUUCCAUUUACCAUGUGAUGUAUCAUUUCUUUUAAUCUCAUAGAGCCGUAGACACAUUUUACUGUUACAUUGUUUUUGUUCUUCAGAGUUUUACGUGAGACACUCGCAGUUAUUGUUGCAGUAUUAAGCUCGUACUAAUGUCGCUCUGCUUUCGAGAAGGCUGAUAAAAAGAGAUGAGUUGUAAAGACGAUAACAGCUUCAUAUCAGAGAGUUAUUAUAUUUCUUUGUAAAUGUAUUUGUGUUUUGUUGUCAAGUUUCUGGAUGUUGUUGUAACCUGCAGAAGCUGUGAGACUCGUGGUCGCAGGGCGAGGCGUUGUAGACGAGCAGAGAGUAAAUCUUUCCAAAGACGAGGAGAGACCGACGGCUGUUUCCCUCUCUUUAGUUUUCUUUGGAUUGAUCUGCCUCCAUUUAUCAUGAAGCUCGUUCGGUUUAAGCUCCUCUGCUCCAGGACAAGACUACAGACUGAGUUGAUCACAGAGACACAACAGCUCACUCCUGAAGUUCAUUUUCUUACAUUUGUUUUGCUGCUGGAGAUCAGUAACAUGACAGGAAGUCCAGUUAUUUAGAAGGUGUGCUUCGUUCACUCACCUUCAGAUGUUCUCUCUCUAAUUUGGCCAAAAUUCAAGCAUAGUUUCAACUUGUCCAGAUAUCUGUAAAACCCUUUCAGUUCAGUGUUUCUGAGGCCUUCAGAUCAGUGAGGAGAUGAGAAGAAAAACCAGGCCACGGUGUUUGAGAUUUCCCUCUACACCUCUGACCAGGAUGUUUAAAAGAAUAAAAUCAAGGAAGUAAUUUAUUUUUUACUUGGUAUUGAUUUUCUCAGAACAAUAAAACUGAAGUACAACCGUU